AUGACAGCUACAGAGCGGAUGAGUGAACAGAGAAUAGGGCCGAACGGCAGUGCACUAGUCGGACGAGCGAACAACGAACAAGGAGGUGCAACAAAAUGUCGGCCUGAGGUGCGACCAACGAACAACGAACAACGAGCGAACAACGAACAACUUGUCGUGACCGGAGGUGCGACCAACAAAUACCAGGAAGGAAGCAAAAGGACCCCGAAGGCAGCAACAGAGACGGCCGUCGGAGAGAUGGUCCUUGUCGUCGGGGAGAUGGUUCACGAAGGGACAAAUUCGGGUCGGAGUCGCGGAUUGUUCACAAUCGGAAGAAAUAAGGUUGGAGUUGCAGAGGUUCACGAACGGAGAUGCGAACUGGCGGAGAUGAAGAGAGAUAGGGUUUCGUACUUGGGAUUUUUUGAUUUCAGAAUUUUGGACGAGUUCGGGUGGGACAUCGCGGCGGAAUCCGGCGGUGGAUUCCUGAAUUUGGAUCAGAUCGGCUCCGAUUUCGCCGGGAUUCGCGGCGACUCCGCGGGGAUUUCGGCGAUUGUGGAGGAGGAGAAGAAGGCUCCGGCUCCGUCUCAGUCUCAGUCUCAGUCUCCGGCGAUGAACCAGGAAGCGUCGUCGAGCUCGUCGGAGGAUCCGGUGGAGAAGCCGACGGCGUCUGGAGGAUCGACCGCCGCGGCCAAUCCGCCGCCGGAUGCAGCGAGCAAGGCUAAAAAGAAAGAGCCAAAGCGAAUUCGACAGCAACGUUAUGCAUUCGUGACGAAAAGCGACGUGGAUAAUCUUGAGGAUGGCUACAGAUGGCGAAAAUAUGGACAAAAGGCGGUUAAAAAUAGUCCUUUUCCAAGGAGUUACUACCGAUGCACAAACAGUAAAUGCACGGUGAAAAAGAGAGUCGAGAGAUCCUCCGAAGAUCCCACAUUGGUUAUCACCACAUAUGAAGGUCAACACAACCACCAUUUAACCGGGUUUCUCAGAGGCCGGUCGUUCCUCCCUCAAGAACCCGCAUUAGCCGCAAGUCACAAUUCGCAACUAUAUUUUCCGAAUCCUCAAGAAAACACAUCGUUUUCCAUUACUAAUUCCCAACCGACGAACGAGUUUCAAGGCCAAUACGGAGAAACCCACUUUGGGAAACACGAAGCAAGUGGGAGUUCACGGUCUCUAACGGACGAUGGGCUUCUCGGCGAUAUAGUGCCACCCGGGAUGCGAAACGGAUAGUAUUGAAUUCAAGGGUAUGAAAUUUUCAUCUACCUAGAUAACCACGCGCGGAGACGCGCGUUGCACUUGUACAAGGUGUCUUGUAGUUCUUCAUGAACCAAUUAACUGUGAAUUUUAACUUAUUUGUAUAUUUUGAGUGCCAAUGUAAGCAAUGAAAGAUUGCAACUUCUGUUUUCAGUAUAUAUUAGUAAUUUACCUGUGCAUUUGCACAGUGAAUAAUA